CUGCACUUUAUGCGCAUUGCGAUUACCACGAACGUAGACGAUGUCACUCAAAGCUCGUCGAAUAAGCCUUGACGUUCGUGAUAGCGCCUGCGCCGUCGAAUUGAUGCCUUGCUAAUCCCUGAUAUCGCGACAUCGCUGCCUGGACUAGCCCCAAAGCGAACAACACCUGACCACGCGACGUCCAUGACCGAGUUCUAUUAAAGAAGUUUCAUACACGCGUUACAACGUGUCUUUUCAAUUGCAUCUGCGUUUUACUCCAUCUCGACACCUCUCAGACUUACUCAAACUGCAAUUGACCUCCCAGCCAUUCGCAAUGACCGAUACCAGCGCCCCAGUAGAGACCUUUGCGUCUGGACGUUACUCCAAGCGCAAGAGGACUCAGAUCACAUACCACCUCGACGAACUGGACGUCUCAGACUCAGAGUCAGACUUUGACACGCCACAGGCAAAGAAGCGCGCAGUCGCAACAAGUUCCCGCCCGCUCCCCAAGCGCAAGAUCUUCCCAUUUCUGAACCUCCCCGCCGAGAUCAGAAACAUAAUCUAUGAGUACACGCUUACCGACUCCUCUGGCAUCAACCUCGUCGGCGUAUUCAAGCACAAGCGCCGCAACGUGGAACGCAUAUCCGCAAAGUUGCAAGCUGAACUAUCCCAAGAGUCCGGCUGGUCAGACUCCCAGCGCAUGAACAACGGCGUCCGGAAGACUCAAGAAGAACCAGCGCCUCUUGUCACUUCGCUCCUUGCUGUGAACAAGCAGAUCCACCAGGAAGGCGUCGAUAUCUUAUAUGGCAAGAACGAAUUCAUCUUCACUGAUAGCUUCGCUUUGUACAACUUCAUGAUCAACCUCGGUCCAAACCGCGCCAAAAGCCUCAGAACACUGCGUAUUCUAGGCUGGCUCCACGGCCGCGCUAUGAAAGCAUACAACCACAGUUGUUUCUCCGCCCUCGUCUGGGCCACCAACAUCACCGCCUUCCAUAUCGAUUCCCAGAUCGGCUGGUACCGCGCAUCCAAGUACGGAGCUGACCAACUCUACCGCGACGCGUUCCCGUGGAUGGAAGCCGUGGGUAUGGCGAAAGGCAAAGUCGACGCCAUCGUCGAUAUCAUCAAGUUUAAUGAGGACCACUUCGACGAACAUCGCGGACGCUAUCGUUGGCACACGGCGACGCAGACAUCUAACGAGGAGAUGUACGCGGAGUUCAAGACGGCGUUGAGGAAGUCGCUGGGAGCGCAGCAGCAACGAGUCAUGGCGCCGACGACUAGUCAGACCAAGAGAGCUAAGAUCACGAAGAAAGUGACCGAGGAUGAGGAGUGAGUAUAUACGGAGAUGAUGGUUGCAAGGCAAACCUGACGAGUUUACAAGACGUACGAGCGAUCCCGAAGAGGCGGAAGUGGAUGCAGCGCAAGGCUUGAUAGGGUCUGUUCGGAGUUGGUGGUCGAAUACGUGUAUGAUUUCACGUGCCUGUGCAUGAAGCUGUCAGUCAUGAUUACUGCGACACGACGAACCCAGCAUGAGUGAAGGAAGAGAAAUUAGAAUACUUUGUGUUUUCUACACACAUUCAGAAUUAUAUACUAGAGAACUAGAUUACUA